UAGAGGGCCGGUCACCUUCUCAGGCCACAGAAGAGCUAGCGGGCAUCCCUGGCCUGCUCCCGGUGAUGGGCUUCCUGGAGGCCGCCCUCUGGGCAGUGCUCCGUCCCCAGACUCUCCUGCUGGGUGCUGUGGCCCUUCUGUUCUUUGCUGACUUCCUCAAAAGCCGGCGACCAAAGAACUACCCGCCAGGACCUUGGCGCCUGCCCUUCCUUGGCAACUUCUUCCCUCUGAAUAUUGAACAGGCUCAUCUGACACUUCAGCAGAUUGUGAAGAAAUAUGGGAACAUUGUUAGCCUGGAGUUUGGGAGUGUAUCUUCAGUUGUAAUUACGGGAUUGCCCCUCAUCAAAGAAGCCCUCAUUCACAUGGACCAAAACUUUGUGAACCGCCCCAUUUUUCCUAUACAAGAGCGUGUCUUUAAAGGAAAUGGAUUGUUCAUGUCCAAAGGCCAGAUAUGGAAGGAGCAAAGAAGGUUCGCCCUGACAACACUGAGGAACUUUGGUUUAGGGAAGAAGAGCUUAGAGGAACGCAUUCAGGAGGAGGCCCACCACCUCAUUGAGGCAAUAAAAGAGGAGAACGGGCAGCCUUUUGACCCUCACUUCAAAAUCAACAAUGCAGUUUCCAAUAUCAUUUGCUCUAUCACCUUUGGGAAGCGAUUUGAGUACCAUGAUAGUGAGUUUCAGGAGCUGCUGAGGUUACUGGAUGAAGCCACAAAUAUGGAGACUUCAUUUACAAGCCAGCUCUACAAUUUCCUUCCAUGGAUAAUGAAGUUCCUUCCUGGUCCCCACCAAACUGUCUUCAGAAACUGGGAAAAACUGAAAUUGUUCGUUUCUCACAUCGUUGAAAAGCACAGGAGAGAUUGGAACCCUGAUGAAACAAGAGACUUUAUUGACGCUUACCUCAAGGAAAUGGCCAAGAAUGCCAGCAAUGCUACCUCAAGUUUCCAUGAAGACAACCUCAUCGGGUGCACUCUGGACCUCUUCUUUGCCGGAACUGAGACAACUUCCUCCACCCUGCGCUGGGGGCUGCUUUACAUGGCCCUCUACCCAGACAUCCAAGAGAAAGUACAUUCUGAGAUUGAUAGAGUGAUUGGCCAGGGGCAGCAGCCAAGCGUGGCCACUCGGGAGUCCCUGCCCUACACCAACGCCGUCAUCCAUGAGGUGCAGAGGAUGGGCAACAUCGUCCCCCUGAAUGUUCCCAGGGAAGUGACAAUUGAUACCACCUUAGCUGGGUACCACCUGCCCAAGGGCACUAUGGUCUUCACCAAUUUGACUGCGCUGCACAGGGACCCCGCAGAGUGGACCAGCCCGGACACGUUCAAUCCUGAGCAUUUUCUGGAGAAUGGACAGUUUAAGAAAAGGGAAUCCUUUCUGCCUUUCUCAAUAGGAAAGCGGGCUUGCCUUGGAGAACAGCUGGCCAGGACUGAGCUGUUUAUUUUCUUCACCUCCCUUAUGCAAAAAUUUGCCUUCAGGCCCCCAGACAAUGAGAAGCUGAGCCUCAAGUUUAGAAUGGGCAUCACCCUUUCUCCAGUCAAACACUGCCUCUGUGCUGUUCCUCGAGGAAAACAUGGUUAGGAAAGGAAAGAAAAAGAAAUGGCCUGUGUUCCGAAGCCUCUCCGGAGAUGUGAGGGGACGAAAUAUUAGUGACCCCGAGGAAAGAUCAGAGAAACUGGACUCCCAAGAAGAUAUAUCCAAAUCCCAGCCCUGCUGUCUCUUCUGAAUUAGCCUUAAGAAAAUCAUUUAUUCACUAAUCAAUUUACUUUUUAAGGCAGGAAAUAAAAAGGAGAAUAAUGAUUUCCUUCCCUAUAGAAAGUUCUUAUAAAACGCAAAGGAAAUAGUGGACGUCAAGUGACUUGGACACCAUAAAGCUCCACAAAUGUUAUAUCUGUAA